AUGGCCUUUCUUUAUAACCCCAAUUGGAUCGAGGUGGAAUCUUGGGUUUCUGCUAUAGUGUUAUGCAUAUUUGUUCCCUCUAUCCUUUGCUUUGUGGUUGCGGUCGCUUUGGUGUUUACUUCCUGUCUCAUGGCUAACAACCAAGUUCCUUUCCCUGCACGCAAAGACUAUUUCUCGAUCUUAUUCCAGCAGUACAAGUUUGUCGUGGACGGGCCCACUAUUAUAAAGAAAGGCUAUGAACAAUUCGCAAAUGGCUUGUUCGAGAUCCCGCGGACAUUUCGCUUCGGUCAGGUCAUAUUAUGCCAGCCGGAGUUGAUUGAAGAACUAAGAAAUAAACCGAGUACUCUUGUCUCCCCCGAGCCAUGGAUUGAUCAGCUCCUCCAGGUCUCUCAUGUUAUGCCUGGAUACUUUCCUAAGGGAAUGGGAUGGCCGAAAAUUGCUAAAACUACGCCUGGUUUGAUUCGUGCCACUGUUUACAAGCACUUGCAUCGGUAUAUGCCCGCUAUGAAUCAGGCAAUCAUUUCGCAGCUUCAGACCCUGGACUUCCAAAAUGGGGAAUGCAACGUCGGCUGUUUUGAUUUGGCAUACUCGAUCGUAGCCCGCAGUGGCAGCUUUGCUAUUGUCGGCUCGCGGCUUUCUCGGAAUGAGGAAUAUCUUAAAGCUGUCAAGGACCACAUCCUUGGGAUGAUAGUGACCACUCGCGUACAAUUUCUUGUUCCAGAUUGCGUGAAACCCUACAUCGGUGGGCUCAUCGGUCGCCUCGCCACUCUUGGGACUAAUUGGGAUAUGCACGCCUCGCGUAAGAUUAUGCUAAAGCACUUCGAUGCGCGUGCAGCAGAAUAUCACGCCGAGAUCUUCAGUGGCAACGGACCCAGUGAGACCAAUCUCGAUGAAUCAGAAAAUCCGGUUGAAAUCUUCCAAUGGCUGUAUGAGAGCAGUGUCCUUCGGGAGCGAUGGACAUAUUCAGAGGUGAUAGGCGAAAUGCUGCUUCUGCAAUUUGCCUUUAUCUACACCACGUCCUAUGGACUCUACGGCGCCCUAGCUGAACUAGCUCGACGACCUGAAUAUAUUGCACCCCUACGCGAGGAAAUUGAUCGAAUUUUCUCUGAAAUGGGCCCAACCGUUCCAGCCUGUGAUGGCAUGAUCUUGAUGGACAGCUUCUUGAAGGAGUGUCAGCGAUUGCAUCCCCCUUCGGCACGUACGUCUAUAUGCGACCACCCAUGGGAAUCGUGCAUGGCUAAUGCAAUAAUGUGGAUAUUAGUCUCUGCCCAUCGGGUCUGUGUUAGUGACCUCAAACUUUCUAAUGGUUUGUCCUUGCACGCACACUACAGGCCAAGGAAACAUCGAGCUGAUCGUGUAUGGAAUGAAACAGGUAUUACACUCAAGCAGGGAUCCCACGUUGCCGUCCCAAGUGGAAUCAUCCAACGAUCCAGCGAGCACUAUACGAACCCGGACGCAUUCGAUGGUUUCCGGUUCGUCAAGCGUGCAGCAGGUGGAGCCAAAGACUCCCGGCUGGUCGACCUGAGCCCUGACUAUCUGGUUUUUGGAAUGGGCGCACAUGCCUGUCCUGGACGCUGGAUGGCUAGUGCGCUCAUGAAGCUCGCCUUCGCGCAUACCCUGAAUCAGUAUGACAUACUCCUUCCUAAUUCGACUUCGCUCCCCUUGACCGGCUCGCUUUCAUUCGAGGAGUUUUAUGUGCCCAAUUUCGGGCUGAAGAUUGCUCUGCGCCAGCGCUAG